GACCAGUCUACACCAGUGGUUUCUACUACACAAGGGCUGCAUGGUGGUGGAGUACGAUAAGUGCCUGUCACAUGAUGGAUUUAUUCCUGUGGAGUGUUCACUGAUUUAUUCUGUGUUUAUCUCACUUUACAACUGGGAUUGUUUCAAUAUGAUUCUGUAAAGCAUUUGUUUAAUCUGGAUUAAUAUUCAUCACCGUCAAUCUCAACAGGGACUGUCAUGUGACCCGAUACCUUGAAUCUGAGUUGUUCAACAAGAAACAAGAAACAGAGAACAUCUGUGUUUGAAUUCAAAUUCAAACUCAAAGAUUCUGCUUUGGAUCAUAAAUCAUUGUUAAUUGUUGUUUAUGGACUUGACAAUGCAGGCAAACAGAGCCUCAAAAACUUAUCCCAAAGUGUUUCUCAUUUGAGCCCUGUUUUUCCAAUCAAGGAGAUAUCUAUAAGAAGCAAUCUGUUUUUACUCUCUGUACUUUCUUGCAUUGAGUUAACAUCCAUCAGCAACAUGGCUCAGCUACUGAGAUUCAUUCAGGUUGUGAUUCUAUCAAUCAACAUUGGAGUGUUUGCGACGUUUCUACCGCAAAAAGAUGUGCACGUCGCCGAGGAAACUUGUGUCAUGAGCUUUGUAAUUCCCAGUGAAAAGGUGAAAAAUUCGUGUCAGAUAGAUGAAAGGGUCAAACAACGAAUGAAUCGUAUGGAAACGAAGUUAAAUAUGUACAGACGAGAGGUAAGCCAACUUCAAGGUCGUCUUCAGAAAGAAAGACAACUCUUUCAUGAUCGACUUCAAGCCCUGGAGGCUAAAAUGACCACUUUCAAUCCAAUGAACUAUCACACAUUGGAAAAGAAGUUAGAAAAUAUGGAAAUAGUUCUGAAGAAAGGAAGCGAAACUUUGGAGCCAGUUGAUAGGAGAUAUUCUGAUGUCAACAAAGGUGGGACUUUUAAAACAAAUCUAUUACAUGACAAUGAAAAUCUGGAGAAUCUUGUCAAACCAAUUGUCAUAUCCGAAAUUGAAAACUACUUGGAGAAUUUCACCAGAAAGUCUGAAGGUAGUGAAAAAAAUCGAAAUAUCGAGAACAACGAAAUUAUGGACAUGUGGCCCCGAAGUGACCAAUCAUAUGCUGUGGAAGAAGAUAUGAACAGAAACAUAAGCAAAACUAACGUCAUGAUCCAAGAAAUUGAAAACCUCCAAAACAAAUUGAACCAGACGGGUGAUGCUUUGGCUUCAGCGCUUGGGAAAAUACUUAAAAACAUUACAAUAAAAGGCAACAGCGUUGUUUAUCGUGACAAUGUCACACAAUUAUCAAACAGUUCCCAGAACUCAGACCAACCAAAACAAUCAAGGGAGGUAACCCAUCAGAUGGAAAAAGCUUCAUCAAGGAUUUCUGGAACUGAAGGUGGGUCUGACAGUCAGAACGAUCAGAAACACGUAAAUGAUAACAUGUAUGUUGCUAACGUGUACUCGGACGAACUGGAAGAGCUGCUCCGAUUGGAAAUCAACAACCUCUUGCAAUCUCAUAUGGAGGAAGUCAUCAACCUCAUGAGGAAGCAGUCGGUGAAACUUGUGACAGCUGUUGACGAGCAAGGGAAAGACAUUGAUAAAAUUGAGGAAGGACAUGAAGAAACGAUGAAGCGGUUGCAGGACAGAGUUGACGGAAUCAAACUUGAACUAUCAUCCAUCUCACAGGCAGUUCAAGAAUUUUAUGCCAAAAUGGAAAAAAUGCAGAGUUUGCAAGUAAUUGUGGAAGAAAUUAAGAAAAAUAUGAGUUCUAUGUCAGCUUCACGCAAUCAACAAAUGGUGAGCAGAGUAGACGAGCAUGGAAAGAAGCUGAGGACACUUGAUCGAUUGGGUGGGAUCUUCCAACAAUCCCUUCAGCAUUAUCGAAAUGAAAGCAAGAUGGCUUAUACAGACAUGCAACAUAAACUGGCAAGCCUUGAGGUCAACCUGGCUCAGGAACUGUCCUUGGAGCUGUAUUCGAAUAUCACCUCUCAGUUCAAUCGGCAAUUCGAUCGUUUUGAUAACACACUGAAAAGCAGGUCAAAUUCCAUGGAGACAGCUGUUCGUAAUCUGGAAGACAAUUCGGUUCUUCUUCAAAUGGACAUCAAGAAUUUAGAAAGGCGACAUAAGUCGAAAACAGGAAAGCUGGAAGAAGACUACAGGAAUUUGAAAAAUCGUGUUGAUAGAGUUCUUAACCAGAACCGCAAAUUGAUAGAAAAUGUCAACAGCAUCAAAGGAGAGCAAGCGUCACUCCAAACCUGGGUGAACACGACAUCCUUAACCCUGGAUAGUUUAGGAAUUGAAUUCCGGCUCAGUGUCACCGACACGUGGGUGGAGUAUGACUUUGAUUAUGACACGUCCCGUACGGCAUGUUUCGGCAAGCAGUAUAUCAGGAAGACCAAGUACAAGAAUGCACGUCUGGCAGGAGUUGUGUUGUGUAACAAUAACCGCUAUAAAAUCAUGCUAGCAAACUGUGUGCGGGAAAAGUUCUUAAAUGUUGGCGAUAUAAACGGUUUCGGAGAGGAUCAUUGUGAAUUUGUUGGGACCACCAAAUCUUCCGUUAUCCUCCUAAGUCCACCUGCCAUAUCAGCAAAAAACAGAAGAAGGAUUUGCCCGAGACAGCUGGGGUCAAGAGCCACGCAGGAUGCAUCUCAACUUCCUACGCCCCUCGCCUGCAUGGUAUGAGUGUGGUGUGCAAAUCCCCUAGCAACCACUACUGAACACGAUCUUCCAGCAUCCCCUAGUGACCACUACACAUCAUCUUCCAGCAUCCCCUAGCAACCACUACUGAACACGAUCUUCCAGCAUCCCCUAGCAACCACUACACAACAUCAUCUUCCAGCAUCCCCUAGCAACCACUACUGAACACGAUCUUCCAGCAUCCCCUAGUGACCACUACACAUCAUCUUCCAGCAUCCCCUAGCAACCACUACUGAACACGAUCUUCCAGCAUCCCCUAGCAACCACUACACAACAUCAUCUUCCAGCAUCCCCUAGCAACCACUACUGAACACGAUCUUCCAGCAUCCCCUAGUGACCACUACACACAUCAUCUUCCAGCAUCCCCUAGCAACCACUACUGAACACAUCAUCUUCCAGCAUCCCCUAGCAACCACUACACAACAUCAUCUUCCAGCAUCCCCUAGCAACCACUACUGAACAACAUCUUCCAGCAUCCCCUAGCAACCACUACACAACAUCAUCCUCCAGCAUCCCCUAGCAACCACUACACAACAUCAUCUUCCAGCAUCCCCUAGCUACACAACAUCAUCUUCCAGCAUCCCUAGCAACCACUACAUCUUCCAGCAUCC